UCUAUACAUAUUUCUCUUAUUUAGACUUUUAUUCAACUAGUUAGAGUUAAUAUUUCAACUUGCUAGACUCAAAUACCCAUUCUAUUAUCAAUAUUUUUCUUUCAUAAAGUAUUUUUUCCUUUGUUUUAUCGUUAAAAGUAAAAUUUGAGUGUAUAUUUUCCAAAUAACAUAUAAGAGUGGGUCGACCCAUCCCGCCCCGUACCCACACGGGUUUUACCCGCCCCGACCCGUAGUAGUGUGGGGCGGGGCAUGGGAAUUGAGGUACCCACCCUGCCCCGCCCCAUUGCCAGCACUAAUCUCUCUCUCUCUCUCUCUCUCUCUCUCUCUCUCUCUCUCUCCUUAAAGCCCAAUGCAAUCAUGAUUUCUCUUCCCAUCUCUAUACUCGGCGAUUGCCCGAAAGAACUCAAGGGCACCCGCCGAUGGGCCGAUGGCGAUUGACGGAGAGAACAACAUGGCGGCUGGCAGUGACGGCGACAGGCGGCGACGGCAGCAAGUGACGGACGGCAGGCGACGAUGGUGGCAAGCGGCAUGCAGCGGCGACAACAAUGAUGGCCUCGAGCAGAUCUUGAUUUGGGGGGUAAACUGUCGAAUCUGGCAGAUCUUGAAAGAGCUCGAGGAUUUGUACUUCUCCACCCAUUUCGCCAAGUCUUCUCCUCCUUCGUCAGCUAUUGUUGCAAUCGUCGGUGGGGUCGCCGAGGGACCACCACCAAGCUUCACCCCUCCACUUUUGAUUGUUGUGAGGUUUGGGUGGUAGGGUUUGACUAGAGAAAUGGGUAAAUAGAUGUAACGGGCUUGGGUGGGCUUAGGGUUGUGGGCUUAGAGUUUGGGUAAGUUUGGCUGGUCGGUUCAAAAUUCGAAAUUCGAAUUCGGUUUCGAUUGGGUAGACCUUGGCUUCCGAAGUAAUGGGGUUUUCCUUCCAAAUUUCGAACCGAACAAGUAUAGUUCGGUUUUGGUUCGGGUUUACCGAACCAGAUGCCCACCCCUACAUGAAAGGAAUGAACAAGCACAAAUCUCACAUGACUACCCAGAUGCUCGGUCUCUCAUUCAAAUUUCUCGAUCGCUAUGUCUAAAUAAUCGGGGGUGGUGAUUGACCAAGACUAAGUCUCGUGCAAUUUUUCCAUCAAAGGAGAAGUGACACUAGAAACAAGCCUACUACGUUAUGUAUGAUCAUCAUAUGUUGUCAUGCAUCCAAAUCAUACUAUUCAUGCAUCUGAGAAAAGGGGUUGCUUGGAGCCCUCAAGUUUGAAAAACUUUGAGCUAAAUACAUGGCUCCAAACAAUCAUAACCAUGUCAAAUCAUCAUCUCACAAUCACCACAAAAAGAAAGCCAUACAUGCAAUCCACUACACACCCUCAUACUUAAAAAUGCACAUUGUCCCCAAUACGUGCAUAAGAGAAGGGGAAUGUGCAUAGAUACAAGAUUACCGCAUUGAUGAAUUGAUGGAGAAGGUGAAAUAAGUGGAAUGAAUGUUAAAUUAAGCU